AUAACUCACCAAAGCCAUCACUUUGACUCUUUAUCAACUCUCUCAUUUCUUCCUAUCCCACACAAUUCAUUUGAUGUUUCUAUUGUCCAAAUCACUAUACACCUCAGUUCUCUAAAUUAGCUAUAAUGGCUGUGGAGCUAAUGAUGGAUUACAGAAACACUAGGAAUACUACUAAUUGUAUCAACUUCGUGUCCAAAAUGGAAGAAAAAACAGUGGUUCAAGAAGCUGCAUCUGGUCUUCAGAGUGUUGAGAAACUCAUCAGAUUGUUAUCUCAGAGUCAAUCUCAACAAAUCCAGCAACAAAAACAGGGCCAAUUAGAGCAAAAAAAUAAGUCUCCUAUGGAGAUUGAAAUGGUGGCUGAUGCAGCAGUUACAAAGUUCAAAAAGGUAAUUUCACUUCUAGAUCGAAACAGAACUGGCCAUGCCAGAUUUAGAAGAGCCCCUUUGGCUACAUCUCCUUCUCCUUCAAAUUCUAGCAAAGAGAUAGUUGACACUAAAGUUUAUUCUCCUACUCCAAUCCAACAAGUCCCUUUAAUUUCAUAUGACCAUUACAACCCUAUGGUUAAACCAAAGUCGAUUAGUUUCUCAUAUUCUCCAGAGAUGUCUCGUUCAAACUCGUUCAAUAUCUCGUCGUUAACUGGGGAAACAGAGAGCAAGCAGCAACAUUCUUCGUCUUCAGCUUUCCAAAUUACUACCAAUCUUUCUCAGGUCUCUAAUUCUGCUGGCAAGCCUCCCUUGUCUUCUUCGUCACUGAAAAGAAAGUGCAGUAUGUCGGAAAAUGGUUUAUCUGGCAAGUGCAGUGGAUCCUCUGGUCGAUGCCAUUGUUCCAAGAGAAGGAAGCUAAGGCUGAAGAGGGUAGUUAGAGUACCAGCAAUUAGCAUGAAAUUGGCAGAUAUCCCACCUGAUGAUUACUCAUGGAGAAAAUAUGGACAGAAGCCAAUCAAAGGAUCUCCACACCCAAGGGGAUACUACAAGUGUAGUAGUGUAAGAGGCUGUCCAGCACGUAAACAUGUCGAGAGAGCUAUGGACGAUCCAACUAUGCUGAUUGUUACAUACGAAGGAGAGCAUAAUCAUUCACUUUCUGUUGCAGAAACAAGUAGUCUCAUUUUAGAGUCUUCUUAAGUUAGAACAAAUGUAGUGAAUAGCUUUGUUUGCCCUGACAAAAAGAAAAA